AUGGCCACGACACCACCACCGCCCUCCACCCUACGAAUCCCGCCUACUCCGCGACUUGGGGCUAAAUACGAUGAUUAUGAACCAUACUCCACGCGAUACUCAGCCAGGCUAGCGAGCCAACGUGCUGCCAGAGACAGAGAGUCCCGUACCACUCCCCCGCCUACCUUCCCGAGCUCGAAGACCACCGCGAACAAGUACGACUUGGAUGAAUCCGACACACUGUCUCCUCCUGGCUCAGUUCAGACCUCGCCCCGGAAGCUCAAGUCGGCCCGAGCUACCGGCUUGUUUGCGACACAUUCACUUGGAGGCCCCUCCGGCACACAUGACUCGGAUCCCUUCGGCGCAGAACCUUCCUCUCUCCGGCAUCAAUCGCGAUCACUUCGACCGACUAUGACCGAAGGAAUGCUUCCUACUCCAGCCAAGACGCCUCGCAAGAAGGCUGUCGCGGAUGUUGGAAAUACCGCACGAGUGCUGUUCCCUCCGCCCCCUAGCGCCAGAAAGAAGACGAAGAAGCAUACAGGCUUCUCGUUGGAUAGUUUCUGCGAAGACAACGCUCAGGGCGGCUCCGAGAUUCAAAUUUACACCGACUCGCGCGAUCGCAUCCCGGAAGUCGACGAAAGCGAAGAUAAUCCGUUCUACAACAAACCCACAGUCAGCAAUACAACUACUCGUGCCUCCAGACGCAAAGAGAGCCGCCGCGACAAGGAAAUAGACGACUCGCUCAAUCGUGAGGAUGGCAUGCUUUACGUUUUCCGAGGCAAGAAAAUGUUCCGCAAGUUCACGGAUGACGCUGAGAGCGACCUUGAUGAUGACGAUGAUGACUUGGGCCUGCUGGCCGCCCGUCCGGACCUCAUCGACUCAUCUAUCCACAAUGUUCGUCCACUGACUCGCUCGUCAAUCAAGCCUCGUGUGCUCUUCCCUACCGCGAAGUCGCAGACUCCCCAAGAAUCUCGCUCGAGCGAUGUCGAUGAGGAGGCAGCCACUGAUAUUGAAGAUCACCUGCUUCACGAUGAAGUCGAGGAGGAUGAAGAUCCUGCGGUUGACGUGGAGAUGCAGCAACGGCCAGUCACUCCUCCCCCGCAAUCCUCCGUUGCAACUCCUGCGUCACCCGGGGCUACGGUGCGGUCACUGCGUUCGCGAUCCAAGCGGGAUGGCCCCGAGCAUAGUGAGACACCCACGGCCUCCGAAACCAAGAAAAAGCGCGUUAGUCCGUUCGAUGGUUGGCUCCGCAAAAAGACAGCUCCUGCUCUAACAGGGACCAAAGCCAAGAAGCGAGAUGCCGAAGCCGCUGGCAGCCCUGGUGGCCCAGCUUUUAAGAAGACACGAGGCAACAAAGCGACUGCGUCAUGA